CGGGCGGGGAGAGACCCCCCCCCCCGGCCCGGGGCUGGGAGUGCCCCGUUCUCCGCUCCACCGUGGAGCCCCCCGCAGUCCCCACUCGACCAGGGGGUUCUGCCUACUUCCUCCUCCGCUGGGCUUUCCCUACCCCCCGGCUGUCUCCCAGGGCGCACUCAGCAUCCCAUUCCGCUGGCAGGAGGAGCCCUUCGUGCCACCCUCGCCUGCCAGGAACGCUCGUGGGCCAGCGAGCCCCAUGGAGUAGCCCUAUCGCUCGCUCUCCCACCACACCACCGCCACACGCAGACAGGGGCAGACAGUUCUCUUCCUCCCUGGACAGAUAAGUAACUUAUUCCUCCUCCGCCGGGGAGUCUGGUCCCACAGCUAUCGCUGAGACAUUGGGGGAAACAGGCUCAGGGAAGACGACUCAGAUCCCACAAUACCUCUAUGAAGCAGGAAUCGGCCGCCAAGGCAUCAUUGCGGUGACCCAGCCUCGUAGAGUAGCUGCUAUAUCCUUAGCUACUAGAGUUUCGGAUGAGAAGAAAACAGAGCUGGGGAAACUGGUCGGCUACACAGUGCGCUUUGAAGAUUUCACCUCAGAAGAGACGCGAAUCAAGUUCCUAACGGAUGGGAUGCUUCUCCGCGAAGCCAUUGGCGAUCCCCUGCUGCGCAAAUACAGUGUCGUCCUUCUAGACGAAGCUCACGAGAGGACAAUACACACAGAUGUGCUCUUUGGGGUGGUGAAAGCAGCGCUAAAGAAACGGAAGGAUUUGGGCAAAUUCCCCCUCAAAGUGGUGAUCAUGUCAGCUACUAUGGAUGUAGACCAGUUCUCUCAGUACUUCAACGGAGCCCCAGUCCUCUAUCUAGAAGGUCGGCAACAUCCAAUCCAGAUCUUUUACACCAAACAGCCUCAGAGUGAUUACCUCCAAGCAGCUCUGGUGUCGGUCUUCCAAAUCCAUCAGGAAGCACCUUCUUCUCAGGACAUCCUAGUGUUUCUAACUGGUCAGGAAGAGAUAGAAGCGAUGACCAAAACUUGCCGAGACAUCGCCAAGCACCUUCCCGAUGGCUGCCCCCAGAUGGUGGUGAUGCCCCUCUAUGCUUCGCUGCCAUACUCGCAGCAGCUCCGAGUCUUUCAGGCCGCACCAAAGGGCUAUCGCAAAGUGAUCCUUUCAACCAACAUUGCGGAAACCUCCAUCACCAUUGCAGGAAUAAAAUACGUUGUGGACACAGGCAUGGUUAAAGCAAAGAAGUUCAGCCCUGAGAGUGGACUGGAGGUGUUGGCUGUGCAACGGGUGUCAAAGGCCCAGGCAUGGCAGCGAACAGGGCGAGCGGGACGAGAGGAUAGUGGAAUCUGUUACCGGCUCUACACAGAGGAUGAGUUUCAGAAGUUUGAUAAAAUGACGAUACCUGAGAUACAGAGGUGUAACCUGGCCAGUGUGAUGCUACAGCUCCUGGCUCUGAGAAUUCCCAACGUUCUCACCUUCGAUUUUAUGUCCAAACCCUCCCCAGAUGCCAUUCAGGCAGCCAUUGAGCAACUGGAUCUGCUGGGGGCUGUGGACCGGAAGGAGGAUCAGGUUACUCUGACUCCACUGGGAAGGAAGAUGGCAGCAUUUCCUCUGGAGCCCAAAUUCUCUAAAACUAUCCUCAUGUCCCCCAAGUUCCACUGCACGGAGGAGAUCCUGACCAUUGUGUCCCUGCUCUCGGUGGACAGCAUCCUCUACAACCCCCCAUCCCGGCGGGAUGAAGUGCAGUCUGUCCGCAAAAAGUUCAUUUCCAGUGAGGGGGAUCACCUCACCCUGCUCAACGUAUACAGAGCCUUUAAAAAUGUCAGCGGCAAUAAGGAAUGGUGCAAAGAGAACUUUGUGAACAACAGGAACAUGACGCUGGUGUCAGACGUCAGAGCUCAGCUCAGGGACAUUUGCCUAAAGCUAUCAUUACCGAUGGAGUCCUCCCGAUCGGACACGGGGAAUAUCCGCCGCUGCCUGGCUCACAGCCUCUUCAUGAACACUGCAGAGUUGCAGCCGGAUGGCACCUAUGCCACCGUAGACUCCCACCAGCUGGUGGCAAUCCAUCCCUCCUCAGUCCUCUUCCACUGCAAGCCAGCCUGCGUAACGUACAACGAGCUGCUUCACACCAACAAGUGCUACAUGAGGGACUUGUGCGUGGUGGAUGCAGAUUGGCUGUGUGAUGCCGCACCCGACUACUUCCGCAGGAAGCUAAGAGCAGCCAAGAACUGACCCACCCUUGGUGCCACGGAGCUAACUGUGGGGGAUUCCUAGGGUCACGGGAUCAGAUUUUUGUAACGAAUGUACAGGAACAGUAGAGCUUUGCCUCGCCAAUCCGGUAGGACUGUACAGGACAUGGCUUCUCUGCAAGAGCCAUACCUCAUGCACUGUUGCUGCACUGGCUUAGAACAAUCAUCUUUUACGACAGUUAAUAGAUAAAAGGGGAACAUUAUACAUGUAUAUAGUAUGUUUGUGAAUAUAUAUAUGUGUAUAUUUGGGGGUGGGGGUGAUGGUCUUGGAUUCCAAUUUUUAAAACAGAGGUAUAAUGGGGUUGUGUAUGAAGCAAUGAGAGCCCCAAGGGGACUCUUCUGAGCAGACCUGGGAUUUUUUGACAAUUGCCCUUGUAUCCUUCGCAGGUUUUAGCGUCAGAAAGUUUUAAAUCUCUAUGUAUAAUUAUAUUAACAGGACAAAAAUACCUUUUUUAAAUGUACAUUUUUCGGAGGGAGGUGCUAAUGUAUUUUACCUCAUCGGACAUCUUUCUGCCUGAUGUCACUUUCACCACCUUGUUUGACCCAUCUGAAAGCCAGUACAGAGUUAUCUGAAUAGACAGCUCUUCAUCACCUGUGCCUGUUUGUUAGACAAACCUUGCGGGGCUGAUAGAGGUGAAGUGCCACUAAGAGAGGAUGAUCAGUAACCCAUAUGGUCUGCUAGCAGAGAAACUGCCGGCAUGUCUUUCAAAUGCUUUGUUAGUUUCUCAUUGCUGCAUCACCAGCCUAGCUGUGUCUUUUUAAACAAAAUUAGUCUCCAUCAUCCAGUUCGUUUUCAUGUAGCUAUGUAACGAACUGGGUGCCAUGCAAGUAAAACACUUCUGCGGCUGCCCCCAUAUGGCCACACCAAAGUGCCAACAGUUAAAUCUAAGGAGAGGAUCAGCCACUGCAGAGCUCUUAUAGGUAGUAUGUAUUGUUAAAGAAGUUGGGUAACAUUUCCCCUAUGAGUUGGAUGUUUCUGCUACUUGGCAACGAGCUAUCGUGAAAUCUAAGUCUUGCUUGGGCAGGCAUGACUAGUUAUAUUUUUCUAGCAAUUUAUAACUGUGUAAUCCAUAGAAGAGUCAUAAAACCGCACAUGGUAAAACAGAUAUUUACAACUGAGAUGGUGAAAGAAGUAUAAAGAUCCCAGGCUCUUUACAUGGCGGACGGUCUAACGAAUCAUCAAUAUCUUCCAUACUUGCUUUUCAGCAUUCCCACAAAGCACAGAUCUUUAAAGAAAUCUUUGCUUCUUACUUAGGAAGCCAAUCAGACUGUUAACUGAUGUUGAGUUUGGCAAUGGUCUAUUAUGCAUCUCCUCUCUCCAAAUGCCACUUGACUUUAUAACCAGCUGUCUUCUGAGUACAGUGUUUUCCUCUGCUUUGCUAUUGAGACAUUAUUAUUCCUCAGUAUGUGCGUGAGUGUGGGGGGUUGAAUUUGGACUGUUAACUUCUGUAUAUUGCCAUCUGAAAUUUUUGUGCCAGUCUUUGCCUGAAGAGAUUUUCUUUGUUAUGGCAGCCAAAGAUUUCAAAGCAGAAACAAAGACUUUGUUCCAGACUGAACCCAGAACUCUGGCAGCAGAGAAAUUGCCCUCCACCAUGCCUGUCCCCACACACCUUUUGUUCAUCCUUCCUUCCUUGGCCACGUUAAAACUUCCAAGUUCGCUGCUUGGAGAUAGCAGAUCACAAUAAGUCUUAUCCUUCGCAAUAGCUCAUCUGGUUAUUUUGUGGCAAACUUUCCAGAAAAAAAAUAUGAAGAUGUUAUUUGCAGUCAGACUUCCUUCAAAAGCUCUUUAAUCAUCAGAUAUUUAUUUCCCCCAUUACAGUUUUACACCAGUAUUUUUCUGCUUUUCUUGAUUAUUUUUGUCCUUCAUUAGACAUUUGUAGCAUGUCAACAUUGAUUAGGAUGCUACAUCUGUCUUCGGUAUUUUGGGCUUCAUCCAGCAUCAUAGCAUCUAGUGGCCAGAUUCUACACGGAAGGAAAAUGGCAAUAAGAACCAAUCUUAUUUUUUAAUCCUGUGUUUUAUACAGGGACUAAGGCAGGUUCAGCCAGUCUAAUUACUUGAUUGUCCAAAUAUUACUUGCCCAGUAAUGUCUUGAAUGAGUGGAAUGGACUGUUCUAUUAUGACUGAAUGGGGACUUAGAAAAGUUGUAAGAAUUUUUUAAAUUAUAUCCUUAUGAGUACUUCUAAAAUAACUUCUCUGGGAGAGCAACUUCUAGUUUCAGCAGAAAUCUCUUUGCACAGUUUGAGUUGUUCAGUUUUAGGAUGAGAUGAAUUAAAACAGAUUAGAUUUCUAAAAGGGGAAGAUGGGAAACUUUUAUUAAUGAAUGUGAUUAGUUAACAUGAGCUGCUCUGGGAUAUCCCAGUUUGACUAAAAUGGUGUAGUCUACUCUUGUAUUUUUCAAACAUCAAUUUUACUUUUUAUUUUAAAAGUUUCAAUGGUGCUGCUCAGGGAUAGAAUCAUAUUGGAAAACCCAUUAAACUUGUGAACAGAUAAGCUGUUGACUUCACUGUGUGAUCUACAGGGAGAAGUUAUGCUUUCUAUCUUGAACUUUUUUUUUCUGGUUAAAUUCUUCACAAUUACACAGUAUGUUGCAAUAUGCCUUCUCGCCAGGCUACUAUUAUUCUGACUACCUUGGUCCUCACCAGUGAAAUCUAUGACAAAUACCUCUCUUUAAAACCUGAAUUACACUCCGAAGUAUCUGCAAAUCACUGGUUCCUAAGAGCAGCAUUACUGUAAAUAGGUGCACUCCAUUUACACAGUAUGCCUAGAAUAUCUUCCCCUCUGCUUCCAGGAAUAGUGAAGUGUAUCAAUCUAUUUCCAGACAGGGUGAUACUGAAUUUUUACAGGGGUCUAGAGAAAAUGUAUAAAUGUAUCCCUUGGUUGUGCCUCUCACUGUAUCCUUGCUGGUAAGAAACAUGCUGAGGGGCUGGGGGCAAAGUUGCCACCUUUCUAUGUAUGACCAGCUGCAAUUCUGGAUGGCAUCUCAACAGUAUGCUGCUACUUCAGUUGUUGUAACUCGUACAAACCGCAGGGAAUUAUCAAGCACUGUAUAUAAUUAUUCCUGUGUUUAUACAGAAACUCUGCAUCUGUAGGGGAAAGUGGAAUAAAAGCACACUUUAUUUGGACAGCCUAUUAACAAUAUGUUUGGGGAUUGGGUGGGGGAUGGGAGAUCCAUUCAGAAAUAACUAAUUUGUACAUUUGACUUUCCCAUAAUAAAGAGAUGGCUAAACUCCAAGUUCAAGAAGCUGUUGUCUUAUGUUCUAUACAUAGCUUCCUCACUUCAAAGCCUGAGCUAAGUGGCUAUUAAAAGUACCUCAUGGUAUGUUUAGGUACAAAUUAUAAUUUUCUAUAGUGAUUUUCUUUUUUUUGUACUUUGGAUUCUUGUAACAUGAUGAUUUAUUCUAAGCAUCGCUUUGCUGUCGUGACCUAAAGUCCUUUUGUAAAUGUGUUUUCCUGGAGCUUUUUUUUUUUUUUUUUUUUUUUUUUUU